CGCCGGAUAGCAUUCACCAAUCCCAUCGGCCAUCGUACAGCGGUGCGGCAUCUGACCCUCCUCCCCAUCCUGCACACAAACAGACGCAAGCAGUCAUGGCGCUCCGCACCCUGACGUCGAAGAAAACCCUAGCGCUAGCGCUCGGCGGCGUCCGGCCGCUGGUGGCGAGGGGGGUGGCGACGUUCACCCUCCCCGACCUCCCGUACGACUACGGCGCGCUGGAGCCAGCCAUCUCCGGCGAGAUCAUGCGCCUGCACCACCAGAAGCACCACGCCACCUACGUCACCAACUACAACAAGGCCCUCGAGCAGCUCGACGCCGCCGUCUCCAAGGGGGACGCGUCCUCCGUCGUCCAGCUCCAGGGCGCAAUCAAGUUCAACGGCGGCGGUCAUGUGAACCAUUCCAUCUUCUGGAAGAACCUCAAGCCUAUCAGUGAGGGUGGUGGUGAGCCACCUCAUGGAAAACUUGGCUGGGCAAUUGAUGAGGACUUUGGUUCUUUUGAGAAACUUAUAAAGAAGAUGAAUGCAGAGGGUGCUGCUGUACAAGGAUCUGGAUGGGUGUGGCUAGCUUUGGAUAAAGAGGCCAAAAAGCUUUCAGUUGAAACUACUGCUAAUCAGGACCCUCUGGUGACGAAAGGGGCAAACCUGGUUCCCUUGUUGGGGAUUGAUGUCUGGGAGCAUGCGUACUACCUGCAGUACAAGAAUGUCAGGCCAGACUACCUAAACAACAUCUGGAAAGUGGUGAACUGGAAAUACGCUGGAGAAGAGUAUGAAAAUGUGACCGCAUGAGGCGUCUGAGUAGGCCAGUGUUUGCUCUUUGGUUUUCCCCUGCGAAUAAUGGAUCUUUGUACGCAAUAAACCUGGCGUAUGGAUCUUUGUACAUUGCCAAGAGGUGGACUAAUGCGUAAUGCACAAUGCUUGUCGAUUUUGCCA